AUGUUUCGACAUACUAGAAGUUUGAGUAAAAGAGUAAUUGAAAAAUGUUUGAUAGUUGAAGAUAUAUCUUUAGGGUCAGAUUUAGAAACUUUUGAUAAAGAUCAUGUUGAUUUCGAUAAAGACCCAGAUUUUAAUUUGUAUUUCGACAAUGAUGAACAUUAUUCAGACGAAAAUGAAAUUGAUUUCGCUCCAUCUACUUCUUCAAACUUAAAUCCCACUUCACUAAUCAAAAGACGUAAAUUAAAUUCAAAUAUUGACGAAUUAGAUCAAUCAAGCAGUGCUACAUAA